GUUCACUCCACCCAACAAGGUAAACAGACAAAUACCCAUUUCAUAAAAGUGUUUUCUUCCCUAAAAUCAUCAAACCAAAUUCCAAUAAUAUAUCAUAAUACUCCAUAUAAAGCAACCCCACUUCACCACCAUUACCAAGUUUUCAACCAACAUUAAUAUUAUUAUUAUAAAUUUAUUAAUAUCAAAAUUAUAAAAAUGCCGAUUGUUCCCUCCACUUCUUCUCUCUUUUCUUCUUGUCCGAUCACUCUUGUUAGAGUGCUACUACUCUCUUCUUGAAACCCCACAAUUUUAUUGUUUUCCUCUACCUAUAAUUCUCCCUAAUUAUUCCCCAAUUUUUAGGGUUCUUUUUUUUUUUUUUUUUUUUUUUAUUUUAUUUUUUAAUUUUCAUAAUUUCACGAAAUAAAAUUACAGAAAUUAAUCAUGGGUAACGUCGGAAGCAGUGGCGGAAACGGUGGAAAUCGACGGCGUCAAAACAGCCGUCGAAACCACCCACCAGCCCCACCACCUCCACCGCCACCUCAGCCACCGCAACCGGAGAUCACCGGCAAUCGGUACGUUUUCGCGGCGGCAACACCGUUUCCUUCAACGGGCUAUUACCAGUAUCAUCCACCGGCUCCCGGAUAUUAUCCACCUCCACCACCAGCCCUUUCUUCGGCGAUGCCGUUGCCAGCACCGUAUGAUCACCACCACCAGGGCCACCAUCAUGCUAAUUGGACUGCUGGGAGGUACCAUUAUGGACCCAUGAUCCCGCCUCCGGCUACGCCGUAUAUUGAACAUCAAAAGGCGGUUACUAUUAGGAAUGAUGUGAAUUUGAAGAAGGAGAGUUUGAGGGUUGAGCGUGAUUCUGAGAAUCCUGGCAAAUUUCUUGUUGCCUUCACUUUUGAUGCUACUGUUGCUGGAAGCAUAACUAUAAUAUUCUUUGCAAAGGAAGGUGAAAAUUGCAAGCUGACACCAACGAAAGAAAGCAUUCUCCCUCCGGUGAUUGUACACUUUGAGCAAGGCUUAGGCCAAAACUUCAUACAGCCUUCUGGAACUGGGAUUGCCUUUUCUAUGUUUGAGGAGGCUGAAUUACUCCAGGAUGUAGAUGUAUAUCCUUUAGCGAUAAAGGCGGAUGCCUGCCCAGCUAAUCUAACAGAUGCUGAUGGAGAGCCUGUUCCUGGCAGCACAAACUCUCAGAUAACUCAAGCAGUAUUUGAUAAAGACAAAGGGGAAUAUAAAGUGAAGGUGCUUAAGCAGAUUCUGUGGGUUAAUGGGAUGAGGUACGAGCUACAAGAAAUAUAUGGAAUAGGGAACUCGGUUGAAAGUGAUUUUGAUGGAAAUGACCCUGGAAAAGAAUGUGUUAUCUGCUUAUCAGAGCCUAGAGAUACAACAGUUCUCCCAUGCCGGCAUAUGUGUAUGUGUAGUGGAUGUGCAAAAGUUUUGAGGUUUCAGACUAACCGUUGCCCCAUAUGCCGGCAACCAGUUGAGAGGCUUCUGGAGAUCAAAGUCAAUAAUGGGAAUGAAGAAGAAACGAGCAACUGAGUAGCUUAAUGGUUAUUGACUUCUUCAGAUUGGUUGCUGCCAAUUUUUUCCUUUUUUUUUUUUUUUUUUUUUUUGUUUUUAUUUUUUUACUUUUACGAUUUCUAUAUAUUUAAUUGUAGAGCUCUUUGUUGCUCUUUUAUCCUGAAAAAAAAAAAGAAGAAAAGAAAAAAAAAAGUGAUGUAUCAAAAGUGCCUUGUGUAAAGGAAUGAACGAGUAUUUGACACUAAAAUUAUUUCCACACAUAAGUUGAUGGGGUUAAUUGUAAGUAAUAUAGUAAAGUUUGAAUAACAUAUUGGUGAUUACUA